AUGUUCUUUAGCGGCGUAAGCAAAGAUCAGCGGGCCCAGCAAGGAGUGGCGAUUUUAGUUCGGAACGACUUACGUAAAUGCAUAACUUCUUGGGAACCGAUCAACGAACGAAUCGUCAAAAUGAACGUUACUGUGUAUGGUCAUAAGAUAACCCUCCUUGGAGUGUAUGGUAUCAACGAUGAUGCGCCAGUGGCAGCUAAAGACCAGUUCUUUGAGCUCCUGAACGAUGAAAUCUUAAAAGUUGGAACCUCAAGGGAAGUUAUCGUCUUAGGCGAUUUGAAUGGAAGAACAGGACACCGGAUUGAUUGCAAGGUCGUUGGUCCAUUCGGUGAAGAUGUGGUCAAUGACAACGGGAACCGCAUCAUCGAAGUCUGUGAGCAAAACGAGUUAAAAAUCUUAAACGGAUUCUUUCAACAUCGGGAUAUUCAUAAGUAUACGUGGGUUCAACGUACUCGAGACUUAAGAUCCAUCAUCGAUUAUGCGAUAACAAACCAAACAACGAAGAUAAAGGUUCAACAGGUGAAGGUGUGCCGAGGGUUAUCUUGUGGCAGUGACCAUCAUUUCCUCAAAGUAGAAAUAGCUUUUCCUGUUAAAAGUUUCCCACAUAGCGUGCAUCAACAGCAGCAGCAGCAACAGGGAGAGAAGGUCCAGCCAGUAAGGUAUAACAUCGAUAGUCUGCACCACCAAAGUGUCAAGGAUCUCUAUAGGAAGCGGUUAAAUGAAAAACUUGAUGAAAAACAGGAUUUCUGUGAUGGUGUCAAGUAA